CAUGUACCACGACACGGCCAAAACCGGAUGCGAUCAUCGGAUAGGACCAAUCCUGCACAUCAUGACGCCCAGCUUCGAGGCGGACACGAUGCAGGUAUCGUGGUCCAACUGCAGCAGACGGGAUAUUACACAUUUCUUGGAUCUCGGUCUCGGAAAAUGUUUGGAGGAUCAACCGAGUCAGCAGGAGUACUCCUAUCCGGAACUUCCGCCGGGUGCCAUGUACAAUGCCCAUCUACAGUGCCGGUUGCAGUUCAACUCGACGGACGAAGACAUGAAGGUGUGCUCGAAGCUGGACGAAAUUUGCAACCAGCUGUGGUGUCUGGUGGACGGCGUUUGUAUGACCAUGAUGCGACCAGCUGCUCCUGGAACUCACUGCGGCAAGCACAAGUGGUGCCAAAAUCAGCAGUGUGUCGAUGUGGAAGCACUUCCGUCUCCGGUUCACGGUGGGUGGGGCGAGUGGGAUGAAUGGAGUGAAUGUUCCCGUUCGUGUGGGGCCGGAAUUGCCAAACAAACGAGAGAAUGUGACCAUCCGGCGCCGGCUCAUGGUGGGUUGUUUUGUAUCGGGGAACGAGCCCGGUAUAAAACCUGCAAUACCCAGCCUUGUCCAACGGAAACGCCUUCCUUCCGGGCGUUGCAGUGUACGGAACAUGACAACGAUACCGUGAAGGGGACGCAGUACACGUGGCUGCCCUACUUCGAUAAAAGUGAGUAUAAUUUUCAAAUCCUUCCACUCUAUCUAUCUGUAUGA